GGCUAGCAACGGUUGUCGAGUUUCAUUCUCGGAAUACUGCAGCCGAGGAAAUACACGCGCGAGGCAUUAAUAAUGUGCUGAAGCGUAACAUGCCCACUUCCUGGUCUGUGUGUUUCGCGCAGCGAUACUGUCCCUCGGAAUUCCUUUCUUUUAAUAUCGCGAGACAGCAUUUCAACAGCUUCGACAAGACGAUCCUACAGAAAUUGCAGGAAAUUGCGGAAACACCGCACCGAUCCCAACACGACCCAUCAUGGCGGCAACUGCCGUUUUGCUUUUGUCGGGGCUAGUCUUGAUCCAACCCCACCGUGCGGCAACAGCUGGGACAGCUUCUCCCUGGGAUGUCAGUGGCCGUGACUUCGUUUUCUCCUUCCCUUAUCCUCCAAACACCUCCGUCAGACCAUAUCUGAUUGCAACAGCUCAGGCUCCAAACGUGAACACCCGAGUGCGCUUUGACUUGCCUGGGCAUGGAUGUUCACACCGAGCGGACGUAGGGUACGGCGAGAGGGCGCUGUUUUCCCUGCCGUCCGUGAAAACCAGGCAUGCUCGAAGGGAACUUGGGUCCCUAUCGGGAAUACGUUUAGACAUCGACGAAAACACGGUGGUUGUCAGAGCCAACAGUAGCAUCACACUGCAGUGUGUGACCGGCAAUCGUGCUGACCGUUUCCUCGUUCAUCCUACCAAGGCCCUCGGACUGGAAUAUUUCAUAGCCUCCUCGCCAGUCGCGCGACUACACCUGUUUACAGUUUCGGCUACUCAGGACAACACUAGCGUGGAUAUUAACAUGAGAUUCCCUGAGUUAGUCAACAAAGCCACCAACAAAACACAGCAUAUCAACAGGGUCCUGAACAGAAACCAGACUAUUUACGUCUCGAGCCUGUUCGAUUUGACUGGCGUGCGCGUGACAUCGAGCCAGCCAGUCGCGGUCGUGUCCGGAAGCCAACUGGGUGACACCGUGCUCGCCCAACAGUUGCCCCCGGUGGACGCGUGGGGGCACGAAUUCAUCAUGACUCGGUCUGGUUACCCGACGUCGUCCCUGCAAAUUCACAGGAUCGUCAUUCCGUCCCCAAACACAUCUCUGUCCAUAUCGUCGAACAGUACCACACUUGAAGUAAAGGUCGCCGACAUUGGGGCGACUUGGUUCGAUCACCUUGUACAGAGUGAAGAUCAUCUCGAGGUGCUUUCCUCUGACAAACCCGUCAUGGUGGUGAGAUACACCUCAGGCUCAACCCUUCUGAUUAUGCCGAUGGAGCAGUACCGCAGCAAUGGUUCGAUCCAAAUAGAAUAUAUGCUUUCAGAGCCGGCAGAAUUCGUGCUGAAUUUCGCCUAUUUCUGCCAAGAGGAGCCCAUAGUGAUCACCGAGAAUUCUUCCCACGACAAACGGCAGAGCAGUCGCGACAGCACUAAGUGCGUUCGAACCGUUGGCUUCCUGCCAAGUCCCGGGGAUCGCAAGUCGCACAUCAACAUCCUCACCCGGCGGACCGACACCACCUUCGUUUGGGUGGACACCUACGACACGCGUGCAGUAACGGGCUCGUAUCAUGUGGCCGCGACGAUGCAACUCCAGAGCCCGCAUGGGGAGGAGUCUUCAUUCUUAGCCUUCCCCACCGGCCGCUCCACCAGCACCGGCGUCAGCGCAGAGACCUCGUGGCAGCAUUGUCUGAGUCCGACAGGGAAGACUACAUCCAACUCUGGAGACACCACGACGACACCGACUACCAGCGGCACGCCCCUCAGAACCAAGCGGCCCACUGGGUCCGACGACACAGCAAUCGUCGUUUCUCUCUCCUUGUCGGUAGCCAUUGUCUUGGCCGUCAUCGUCGGACUCUGCGUCUUCAUGAAAAAGAACAAGAUGUUCCCAAGUUUCUCACAGAAGACCAAGCGUACCUAUGACGUCACCAAUGCUAUCUUGGAUGGCCAGCAGGCGAAGCGUGAGAUGCCCAUGCGAUCUCUUACAGAAGCCAUCCCCUUGCAGAACCGCUACUCUGUGUCCCUGCCAGAUCUGCGUCCGAUGUUGUUCAGCAGCGGUUCCGUCGGCCGCGGCCAGCAGGCCCGCUUCCUGCACAUCCAGCGUGCGGAGGUCAAGCGACUCGCGCCCAUCGCCGAGCACGGGGCGGCGUUGGCCGGCUCCGACGCCCGGUUGGAUCGGCACGACACCUUCGUCAAGCCCGUGGAGCACACUUAUUUGAGUGUCGACCACCAACCACAGAAGGACCACCGACCUGCUCCCAGCCCCGUCGUCGACCGCCGGCCGCCACCUCCACCGCCGCCUUCCGUGAUACCACAGAUCAGCGGCUGUAACACGCAAGCCCUGGACGGGUCAGCAACAGGCCAGUUCGCCUCCAUCGGCAGGCGUCGACACACGCCGGCCAAACCCAUCCCUGUCGAGUUUGUCUUCAAACAACCGGAAACUGAAACUCAGUGGGUCGUAUGAAAUAAAAUCUAGUGAAUACUUUACAGCUUGUUUAUUUAUAAUCGACAGAAAUUAGAAUCAAAAAGCAUACAUUUUCUUCAUCAAAGAUUCAAAUAAUGAGCUGCAUAUCAGGCUGAUAAAGGAGCACGGCUACCAUUUUAAACCAGACUCCUUUUUGAGGGGAAUCCGCGCAAGCUUUCAGGAGAAAGUCAAAAGCUGUAGUUGUGAAAAUCAAGAGGUAUAAUCCGAAGCAUUUGGAAGGCGAAAUUUAACAUCGUCAACUUUUACAAAGAAUACUAGAUAUCCCAAUACAACGAAAAUUUCCAUUUAUGAACGGUUAAUAAAAUCCAGGGAAAAUUCGUGAGCCCUGGGGAAUGUACAGUGUACCCAAAUGUUCGGUAUAGCAGCGGGUGUUCGUCAUACUGGCAUUGUACUGUACAGCCGGCUUAGAGGUUUGCACCACACGAUGUGCUCUCGGGAAAUGAAAAUAAAGAUAGGAAGCAGUUUCGGGACUAUAAAAGAACAACCAUGUACAAAACAUGCUUACUUGUCGCAUUGCUGUCGUUUUGCAAUCAAUGUUAUUUCCAACAUUAUGCGCACUUAACGGACGUUGCGGGAUAUGCUGUACUACUUUCUUUUGAGGACGUCCGCUCAUAAUUCAAUCCCACGGUUUUCUUUGGAAAAGGGCGUGGAUGAGGUGAAUGUACAGUAUCGUUUCGUGUUUUUAAAAUGUUUAUAACCUUGAUAAUGUGUUACACACAUUACAAGUUUAAUUGUUUUAAUCGUAACGCAAUGAAGCGUUUGGUAAUAAAUUAAAUUAAAAGAAGGGUGCUAUCUGUCGCAGCGACUGUGUGGCGAAAUCCGGGGAAAUGGAUCUUAAGGACACACUUUCACCCUUCAUGUGUAUGACAAAAUAACCUUGAACAGCUCCACGUACGUUUAGAUACAUUGGUGUGCACUAUACAUAUCAAACUAUCCGUCAACAAUUGAUGUCUGAUUUGCGUUCGGCAACUGGUUGGUCUUGCAUACCGAAGAAUUCACUUUUCUGCCUCUCUAGUAAUACUUGCCUACCGAUAAUGAACCCUACAUAAUUACAUUUUAAUGUAACUAUUACACCAGCACAGUAAAUUGAUGCGACGCGACAGAUUAUAAGGGUCUUUGAGGAACUCUUGAUUAUUAAUCCUGCGAUGCAGAAGUCCAUCUCACUCGAUUAAGGAGAGGAAUUUGCCUUUUAAGUUUAAUGUGCUAAUGAUGUUAGCCUCCUGCUGUGUAAUGUUUGUUGCUACAAUCAGAGGUUUUGGUUCUGUGUUAACUCCAUCCUCAGUGUCUUGCCAUCAUCAGCCUUAGUGGUGAGUCAUUUCGAAAGUAUUGUUAUCGAAUGAAAAGCAAAAGGUUUUCAUGAAUUCUUCUGAGCAGACUUUUGGAUUCACUUUCAAAAAUACGAGUAUACUUUAGAUAGCAAAAAUCGCUAGCAUUUCCUGUACAUGCAUUGGAAUUGUUGGAAACGUGCCAAGUAUCGACAAUUAUUUCCUUAUCAAGAUAGUUCUACACAAGGAACAUUAUAUUACUUCAGUUGCGGUCUUUAUUUUCUAGUCAAUCAUCUUUGUGAAUAGUCCGUUAAUAUAAAUAUACCAAACUUUGGCAACCCUGCAGCAA